AUGCAGCAAGCCCGGUUGCUCUCGACCACCCUCGUCCGACCCUGUCGAUUCGUCGCGCACCGCCGUUAUCCCGCCGCCGUCGUCGCCUCGCGUCGAUUCCACCUCUCUCAGCCCUGGCGCUCCUCGGCCCCGGGACCUUCAGAUCCUCAUGGAAGGGGAGAAUCGUCCUCUGAUAACGUGAGCGGGGUUUCGUCAACGGUCAAUUCCGAACAAAAUCCCUCGGAUCAGCGCCCCCCGACAACGACGCCUGUUGUACCGUCCGCUACGGAACAGCAGCAGCAGCAAGACGGAGCGAAGAAAGAAUCGAGCCCUUACGGGUCUGCCGUUCGUCGGGCUCUACGGAAUAGAAAGCCGGCGAAGGAGUGGACCGCGCCUGUCGCUACGGUCCCUGACUGGUUCUACGAGCGGAAUACCGUAGUCAAUGGAGACGAGGCGCGGUCGGUGGCGGCGCAGGCUCCGCAACAGGUAAAAAUUGCUCCAUCGGUUACGGGGACAGACAAGACGGAGACUGAGGCGGUCGCGCAAGGCGGCGGCAGCGGGGAUGAGAACGGAGGAUCCUCGCCGUCGUCGGACGGAGUGCCUGGAAACGAAAACCGGUAUGCGUUGACCGAGGCGUUGUGGCAGGAGCUUUGUGCCUCGGCCAGGGCCGGUCUACGACUUCCUCCGGCGAAAUACGCGAAGGAGCCUUCGGCGCGCAAGUCGCACUUGGUACUGCAGUACCCCGGCAGCGAUGGGAUCUUGUUCUUGGAUGCGGUGGUGAAGAGGCUGGCGCAGGAUCUGGGGGCGGAUCUGGUUACGCUGAAUGCUCAGGAUAUCGCGCAGCUGUGCAAUGAGCAGGACCUGGAAGAUGUCGGGACGACGUCGUCGAUUCGAUCGUUGGGCUACGAGGUGUAUCGACCGGCCCCUUCGGACGCCUGGCAAGAUGUCGUGGAGGAGGGUGAAUCUGAUGACGCGGACAUGAUGGACAGUGCGGUACCGUCACGCAGCUUGCGACCUGGACUUGCCGCGCCGAAGUUCAUUACCAUUGAGAGUCCUCGGGGAAGUUCUGGGGAUAUACCUCUUCCUAACCUAUCGGGCCUUCGGUCUUUAGUGGCUGCCUUCAACGGCCCUAUGGAUGGUCCUGGUGGUUCUGCAUCGCCGCAAGGUGGUAAAGAUCGAGCGGAGGACAGACGACUUCGACUGAUCAACGAGCUUCUUUCAUCCCCUACGAAAUCUUCUCGGCAAGCAGACAAGACAACCCCAGAGGAAGAGGGAGAAUCACAUGCGACCAAAACCGAAGACACCAAACCCGUUCAGACCCGCGACAUUAUUGUACAGGUCCAAGAUCAUGGCGAGAUUCAAAGCACACGGGAAGGCGCCCGGUUUAUUCAAUUGCUGCAAAAAGCUGUCCAGGAUCGGAGAAAGGCUGGAUCCCGGGUCUUGUUUGUCGGCACUACUGCGCAAGAUGACUCGGAUUCAUCGCGGUUGAUGCAAAGCGCGCUUGACGACCAAUUCUCGCAGAUGCUCGUGGUUACCCCUGCUAUGGGCUCUGAGAUGGCUGAGAAGACCUUUGCGGACGAUCGCAAGAAGCGGACCCUCGAUGUCAAUAUCCGCCAUCUGCAGGACAUGCUCCGAACACGACUACACGAAACCCCUUCGGCACUGAAGGAUGACAUUUUUGCGAACAGGGAUUGGCCGCUGGGUGCCUCCCUUGUAAAGGAUUCCGGCCUAGAGGAUCGUUAUUGGACAUACAAUCAAGUGCACUGGGCCACCACCCUUGCGCUUGGAAACCUGAAACCGGAGGAUUCCUUUGGCUUCGACCAUAUUCGGCAAGGGAUCGAGAUGAUACAAAAGACGGAGCGCAUCCGAGGUGAUUGGCUGCAAGAGAAGACGCCCAAGACGAAGCACACCGAGACUGGCAAUGACCGUGAGCGGCUGAUCAACUCGCUCCGGAAAACAUGCAACACCCACGAGAAGAAGCUGCUCAACGGCGUGGUCGAUGCGAAAAGUCUCCGUACAACUUUCGACGAUGUCCACGUCCCACCCGAAACGAUCGAUGCCUUGAAGACGCUCACUUCGCUCUCCCUCAUUCGCCCGGAGGCGUUUACUUACGGUGUCCUUGCCACUGACAAGAUCCCGGGCCUUCUCCUCUACGGACCUCCUGGUACGGGUAAAACGCUCCUGGCCAAGGCUGUCGCCCGCGAGAGUGGUGCUACGGUACUGGAAGUGAGCGGCUCGGAGGUGUACGAUAUGUACGUCGGAGAGGGAGAGAAGAACGUCAAGGCCAUCUUCACGCUCGCCAAGAAGUUGAGCCCCUGUAUCGUCUUCAUUGACGAGGCGGAUGCCAUCUUCUGUUCGCGCACUGGCGCUAGCAGUCGCACCUCCCACCGAGAGCUGAUCAACCAGUUCUUGCGCGAAUGGGACGGAAUGAACGACCUUUCCGCCUUCAUCAUGGUUGCUACCAACCGACCCUUUGAUCUGGAUGACGCUGUCCUGCGACGUCUCCCUCGACGACUCCUGGUCGAUCUGCCCACUGAGCAAGAUCGUCUCUCCAUCUUGAAAAUCCACCUCAAGGAAGAAACUCUCGAUGGUUCCGUCGAUCUCGCCGAGCUUGCCCGUCGCACGCCCCUUUACUCUGGAUCCGAUCUGAAGAACUUGUCCGUCGCCGCAGCACUGGCCUGCGUUCGAGAGGAAAACGCGCUGGCCGCCCAGCAUCAAGGCGAUGAGCCCUACCAAUACCCGGAGCGACGCACCUUGACCUGGACCCAUUUCGAGCGUGGAAUGGAGGAGAUCAGCGCAUCGAUCAGCGAGGAUAUGUCGUCGCUGUCGGCGAUUCGCAAGUUCGACGAGCAGUACGGCGACCGCAAGGGACGACGCAAGAAGAGUCCCGGAUGGGGAUUCAUGCCUGCGAUGACGGAAGAAGCCGAAGCAGACGCAGCGCGCGUUCGUACAUGA